AUGCAUCCUUGGCAUUGGCGUACGCUAGAAUUCGAGGAUGGAUCUCGAUGGCGUGUCCCAGAACUCUAUAAAGACUGGCUCCGAUUUCGCGAUACACGUUUUAUCGACGUAACAGAGGAGCGCAGACCCGCCAUGUCAGCUACAACUUUGGCCAAGAAGGCAAAGUCAUCUUUCCCUACGCAUCUGCGGUACCAGGACGAGCUUCACGAUGCAUUUACACAUGCUAAUGACGUGGGAAUGCGAAGUGAUAUCCAAAAGCUUACUUCGUACUACAACCGCCACUAUCGCUCGCCCACUGGCCGUGCUAGCCAGAAAUGGCUACAAGAGCAAGUCGAGGGGCUUGCCUCGAAACUUCCAGCCAAAACAACCGUAACCGAAUUCGAGCACGCCUGGCCGCAAAACUCGAUUCUUCUGCACAUUCAAGGCACAAAUACCACACUCACCAAGGAGCGGGGCGUGACGAUCCUUGGUGCCCACCAGGACAGCACAAACCUUUUUGGGUGGCUCCCAGCUCCUGGCGCCGAUGACGAUGGAAGUGGGACAGUGACGCUUUUGGAAACGCUUCGUGCGCUUGGCAAGGCUGGUUGGGCGCCUCAGUCGGACGUGGAGUUCCACUGGUACUCGGCAGAAGAAGGCGGUUUGAUCGGCAGCCAGGCUGUUGUGCAGUCCUAUGUCGAGAAAGAGGCCCAUGUCCAGGCUAUGUUGCAAAUGGACAUGACGGCGUUCCUAAAAGAAGGCACAGAAGAGCGCAUUGGCGUCGUGACAGACUUUGUUUCGCCCGCGUUGACACGCUACGUGGAGAACCUAAUCGAAUCGUACAUUGGUCUGCCCAUUGGCGAAUCCAAAAUGAAGUAUGGCGCAAGCGAUCAUGCAAGUUGGGAUCGCUAUGGAUUUCCUAGCGCAUUUGUGAUGGAGGCGUACACAACGCGCGACGUGUAUACAGCGCCAGAAUACUCCUUCUCACACAUGCUUCAGUUUGUCCGACUGUCCAUGGCGUUUGCCGUAGAAUUAAGUGGCUGGGCGUCGACGCCUGCCAUGUAA